CGCAGGGCAGCUGGGGUCCUGUUAGCAUUUGCCUGUUGCUCAGCUUGUAGCCGUGUGGGAUCGGGAGUCCCCGUGUAUCUUUCUAUGUAUGAGACGAAUGUGGGUGUUUGAUGUUCUGGACCGUCAUGUGUCUGGUUGGUUUCGCCCUGUUAAGGACCGCCCCUUAAAAUGUGUAUAAAUGCAAUGUAGUUCCAGCAUCAGUUAGACUUGAUGACUGCAGCACCAGUAGCAGUACGCUCUGAUUUAAAGACUUCACUAUCUACAAUAAAGACUACUACUGAAGACAAUACAAGACUCCUGGUCUCACUGGAAACAGUUUCCAACACUGACAUUGAUUGUUGGAAGAGUCGAGAGAAGCCUGAAGACAUGAGUGAUCCAGACCUAUGCCGAAUUAAACAAGAAGACACAGAGGAACACAAAGACUUAUUGGACCUGAAAGUUGAAAGUGAUGAACUGAAUGAAGUUGAGGAGAAACACUAUCAGACACCUCAUCAUUUCAAAAUGAGAGAAACAUCCAGUAGCUUGCAGAUGGAAAAUACUUUAUUUCUAAAAAGAAAGCAAAGUACAGAAGCGGGCAAAUCCUCACCUCACUGUGAGAACAGUUUUACACUUAAAAGACAUUCUGAGGAACACGUGAGAUUUCAGACUGGAGAUCGCCCAUACACAUGUCUUCAAUGUGGAAAGUGUUUCACACAGAAAUCAAAUCUUAAUGUGCACAUGAGAAUUCACACUGGUGAGCGUCCAUACUCAUGUCUUGAGUGUGGCAAGAGAUUCACACAGAAAUCAGGGCUUAAUCUGCACAUGACAGUUCACACUGGAGAGCAUCCGUAUGAAUGUCCUCAUUGUAAAAAGUGUUUUAAACUGAAAUCGAUACUUAAACAACAUGUGAGAGUUCACACCGGAGAGCGUCCAUACCCAUGUCUUCAGUGUGGAAAGAGUUUCAUACUGAAAUCAGAUCUUGACCUCCACAUGAGAGUUCACACCGGAGAGCGUCCAUUCACAUGUCUUGAGUGUGGAAAGAGUUUCAUAUACAAAGCCAAUCUUAACAGGCACAUGACAGUUCACACUGGAGAUCAUCCAUACACAUGUCUGCAGUGUGGAAAGAGUUUCAUAUACAAAGCCAAUCUUAACAGGCACAUGACAGUUCACACUGGAGAUCAUCCAUACACAUGUCUGCAGUGUGGAAAGAGUUUCACACGGAAAUCAAAUCUUGAUGUGCACAUGAGUGUUCACACUGGAGAGCGUCCAUAUCCAUGCCUUCAAUGUGGAAAGAGUUUCAAACAGAAACAAAAACUUGAAAGGCACACGAAAAUUCACACUGGAGAGCGUCCAUACUCAUGUCUUCAGUGUGGUAAGAGUUUCAUAGAAAAAGAUGAUCUUAACAGGCACAUGAGAGUUCACACUGGACAGUAUCCAUAUACAUGUCCUCAUUGUGAAAAGGGUUUUAAUCAUAAAUUGAUACUUGAAAGUCAUGUGAGAAUUCACACUAGAGAGCAUCCAUACACAUGUCUAGAGUGUGGAAAAAGUUUCAUACACAAAUCCAGUUUUAACAACCACAUGAGAAUUCACACUGGAGAGCGUCCAUUCACAUGUCUUGAGUGUGGAAAGAGUUUCACACAGAAAUCAGGGCUUAAUCUGCACAUGACAGUUCACACUGAGGAGCAUCCAUAUGCAUGUCCUCAUUGUAAAAAGAGUUUUAAACUGAAAUCGAAACUUAAUAGGCACAUGAGAGUUCACAUUAGAGAGCGUCCAUACACAUGUCUUCAGUGUGGCAAGAGUUUCUCAUGGAGUGCUAGUCUUAGGAUUCACAUGAGAAAUCACACUAAAGAACGUCCUUAAACAUUGUCCUUAGUGUGAAAAGCAUUUUUAAACAAAAAGAAAAUCCUAAGGACCACAUGAAAAUUCACUAAGGAAGGAGUGAUACUGUAAAAAAUGCUUGCUGAAAUUAUAGUAACUUACACCAAAUAGUCAAAUACUGCAAAUUAACAGUAAAACACUGUAUUAAUAUCUCUAGUGCAAUGUUUCUCAACUCCAGUCCUCGGGCUCCCUCCCAGAUUGUUUUAGAUGUCUUCUUAUAUAAAACACCUGAUAUUAAUUAGGGAGACAUUUCAAAUAUUCUGAGAGGGGGGCUCGAGCCGAGGACCGGAGUUGAGAAACAAUGCACUAGUGCAAUUUAGCUUGUUGUAAAUGCAUUUACUGUACAUUUCAUACUGUAAGAACAGAAAUGUUAUGGUCUUAACCUCCAGUAAUGUGAGACAUUAAAUAUUUACACUGUAAAAUG